GAGAGAGAGAGAGAGAGAGAGAGAGGCGAGAGGGGAGCACACUUGUGCUACCUGUCAUUUGAAUCCAAAGUCGAGUCCCGACCGUGUGUGUGUGUGUGUGUGUGUGUGUCUCCCUCCUCCUACCUCUUUUUAGUCACACCUCGCUUUUUUCGGCGGUUCAAUCGGGUCCUCUCGCUAGAUCUAUUUUGUUUUUCCUCCCGGUGAUCGAAUAGCGGCUGAUAGUAUAGGUUGAAUCCGGCUUUAUAAGCCUCCUUGUGUGUGUGUGGGUCGUUGUGCAUGCGUUGGCGACGCGCGGCUGUGGUGUGUUUGCGUGCUGCGCUCCGUGUGGACCAGCGGGAGGACGACGCACCGCGCGGCUCGGAUGAGCUUCUAUCCGUUCGGACUCUGAGCUGAGAUGGAGUUGCUGGUCGUUUGCCUCUCCCUGUGGAUGUUGCAAUGCCGUUCUGCCCGAGCGGACUCCAUCAUACACAUCGGCGCCAUCUUUGAGGGGAAUGCCCCGAGAGAUGAGGAAAUCUUCCAGCUGGCCAUUUCGGACCUCAGUCUGAAUGAUGACAUUCUCCAGAGCGAGAAAAUCACCCAUUCUGUAAAACAUAUUGAGCCGAAUAACCCCUUCCAGGCAGUGCAAGAAGCCUGUGAGCUGAUGAACCAGGGCAUCCUGGCGUUGGUCACGUCCACGGGCUGCGCGGCGGCCAGCGCCCUGCAGUCCCUGACGGACGCCAUGCACAUCCCCCACCUCUUCAUCCAGAGGAACGGCGACGGGACGCCACGCACCGCCUGCCACCUCAACCCCAGCCCGGACGGGGAGAGCUACACGCUGGCGGCGCGCCCGCCCGUACGCAUCAACGACGUCAUGCUGACGCUGGUGUCAGAGCUGCACUGGCAGAAGUUCAUCCUCUUCUACGAGAGCGACUACGACAUCCGGGGCCUGCAGGCCUUCAUGGACCAGGCUUCCCGGCUGGGCCUGGACGUAUCCCUGCAGCGCGUCGACCGCAACGUUAGCCGCGUCUUCAGCGACCUGUUCAGCACCAUGCGCACCGAGGAGCUCAACCGCUACCGGGACACGCUGCGCCGCGCCGUGCUGCUCAUGAGCCCGCGGGGAGCCCAGGUCUUCAUCCACCAGGCGGUGGAGACCAACCUGGCAUCAAAGGACAGUCACUGGGUGUAUGCUAAUGAGGAGGUGAGCGAUGCGGAGAUAAUGGAGCUGGUGCACAGCGCCCUGGGUCGCAUGACCGUCAUCCGACAGAUCUUCCCCAUGUGGCGCGACACCAACGUCCGCUGCAUGAGGAACAACCACCGCAUCUCCUCCCUGCUGUGCGACCCGCAGGAUGGAUACCUGCAGUCUUUGGAGUUGUCCAACCGCUACCUGUACGACAGCGUGCUCAUGCUGGCCAACGCCUUCUACCGCAAGUUGGAGGACCGGAAGUGGCAUAGCAUGGCCAGCCUCAACUGCAUGGGGAAGUCCACCAAGCCCUGGAACGGAGGCUGGUCCAUGCUCGACACCAUACAGAAGGGACGGAUCAGCGGUUUGACAGGGGUGAUGGACUUCCGUGCUGCCGGCGCCAAUUCCCACGUGCAGUUUGAGAUCCUGGGGACGAGCUACAGCGAGACGUUCGGGAAGGACGUGAAACGGCUGGCGACCUGGGACUCCACGAGGGGAAUGAACGGCAGCCUGAAGGAGAAUCGCAUCGAGAGCAGCAUGCAGGGGGUCACCCUCAAGGUGGUGACGCUGCUGGAGCAGCCGUUCGUCAUGGUGGCAGAGAACAUCCUGGGUCAGCCCAAGAGGUACAAGGGCUUCUCCAUCGACGUCCUGGACGCCCUGGCCAAGACGCUGGGCUUCAAGUACAACAUCUACCAGGUCGGGGACGGCAAGUACGGCGUGGCGCUCGCCAACGGGUCAUGGAACGGCAUGAUCGGAGAGCUCAUCGGCAAGCGGGCCGACCUGGCCCUGUCGGCCAUCACCAUCACCCCGGAGAGGGAGAGCGUGGUGGACUUCAGCAAGCGCUACCUAGACUACUCGGUGGGCAUCCUGAUGCGCAGGACGGAGGAGAAGAUUAACAUCUUCUCCCUGCUGGCGCCCUUCGACCUGGCCGUGUGGGCCUGCAUCGCCGCCGCCAUCCCCGUGGUGGGCGUCAUGAUCUUCCUGCUGCGGCGGAUCGCGGCCGUGCGGUCCCAGGGCAGCGCCUCAGCCGGUGGUGGUGUGGGUGGUGGUGGGGCUGGAGGUGGAGGCGCUCACCCAGCGGCCUCCAUGUCCAACUCGCUGCAGAGCGCCAUCUGGAUCGUCUACGGGGCCUUCGUCCAACAAGGAAACGACUCCAUCCUGGGGUCCGUAGCCCUGCGGAUCGUGAUGGGCAGCUGGUGGCUCUUCACCCUCAUCGUGUGCUCCUCCUACACCGCCAACCUCGCCGCCUACCUCACCGUGUCCCGUAUGGACAACGCCGUUCGGUCGUUCCAGGACCUGUCCAAGCAGUCCGACCUGGUGUACGGGACGGUCCGUGAGUCGGCCGUCUACGAGUACUUCCGGGCCAAGGGCACCAACCCCCUGGAGCAGGACAGCACCUUCGCUGAGCUCUGGAGGACUAUCAACAAGAACCAGGGCCAGGACAACUCCGUCUUCAGCCCCGCCGACGGCAUCAAGAAGACCAAAAGGGAGCCCUUCGCCUUCCUGUGGGACAUGGCGGUGGUGGAGUAUGCGGCGCUGACCGACGAUGACUGCACCCUGACGGUGACGGGGAACAGCCUGAGCACCAGGGGCUACGGCGUGGCCCUGCAGCACGGCAGCCCCUACCGAGACCUCUUCUCCCAGAAGAUCCUGGAGCUCCAGGAGAAGGGGGACCUGGACAUCCUGAAGCAGAAGUGGUGGCCCCGGAGGGGCCGCUGCGACCUGGACAGCCACGCCGACGCCCAGCCAGAGGGCCGGGCCCUGCGGCUGCACAGCUUCGCCGGCGUCUUCUGCAUCCUGGCGGCGGGGCUGCUGCUGGCCCUGCUGGUGGCCGCUCUGGAGACCUGGUGGAACAGCCACCCGUGCCGCCGAGCCCAGCCCAAAGAGGACAAGGAGAUGAACCUGGAGCAGGUCCACCAGCGUCUGAACAGCCUGCUGGACGACGACAUGGCCCACAAGCAGCUGCCAGGCCAGUCCAUCGAGAUCUCUGCCCUGGACAUUGGCAGCAUGCAGCCCAGCCACUCCCUGGAGGCCUUGUCCGUGCGGGACUACCCGCCUCACCGCGGCGGCCCGCCCCUGUCUGUCACCACCUUCCUGCAGGAGGGCCUGGGGGCCGGGAGGUCACUGGGCGGCCUGGCCGGCAGGAGCCUGGCCCUGCCCCUGAGCAGCGCCACCAUGCCGUCCAUCCGCUGCAAACACAGGGCCCCCAACGGUGGGCUCUUCAGGCAGAGCCCCCUCAAGACGCCCAUGCCAAUGUCCUACCAGUCAGUGCCAAGGGGAUCCAUCCCGGAAGACAUUGAGCCCAGCCAUGGGACGUCUAUCUGAGCACCCCCUGGGACCAG